AUGGGAAUAUGCAAGCUAACUGAGCUAUUAAAAGAAAAAGCACCAAAGUCAAUAAGAAACACGCAAAUAGAAAAGUAUCGAGGGUGGAAGGUUGCAAUUGAUGCAAGCAUGAUAUUAUAUCAGUCUCUUGUGGCAAUAAGAUACGGAAUGGACAACUUAAAAAACAAGAAUGGAGAGACAACUGCACAUAUAUAUGGAAUAUUCUACAAGACCAUAAAUCUUCUUGAGAAGGGAAUAAUUCCUGUGUACAUAUUUGAUGGGCAGCCGCCAGAGCUAAAGGAAAACACUCUAACAGAAAGAAGAAUUCGUAAGGAGCAGGCUGAAAAGGACUUAGUUGAAGCAGUGACUGAAGAAGAAAAGGUAAAGCACGCAAAAAGGACCGUGCGUGCGACUAAGUACCACGUUGAGUCUGCACAGCAUUUGUUAAAGGUAAUGGGAAUUCCAUAUAUGACAGCACCAAACGAAGCAGAGGGGUUCUGUGCUGCGCUGAACAUAUGUGGAGCUGUGAACGGGGUGGUCUCUGAGGACAUGGACUCCCUGGCAUUUGGAGGAAAGAUUCUUCUUCGAAACUUCUUCCCUGCUCUUAUGAAAAAGAAAUUAUCUGUGAUGGAAAUAUCUCUAGAGAUGGUUCUUAAACAGACUGGGCUAGACCAGUCAGAAUUUAUUGAUAUGUGCAUACUUUUGGGAUGUGACUACUGUCAGAAGUUAAAGGGAAUGGGCCCAAAGAAGGUAUAUGAUUUGGUACAAGAGCACCGCUCAAUAGAAAAAUUACUAGAAAACGGGAGGGUAACAAUGCCAGAAGAGGGGUGGCCAUAUAUCCAAGCAAGAGAAAUAUUCACAUCACAGGAUGCAGGCAAGCCUCCCGUUUUUUCUCUUUCUCCGCCUGAUGUAAAAGAAAUACUGCAAUUCUUAGUGGAAGAAAAUGGGUUUGACACAAAAAAAGUAGAAACCGCUAUUGAAAGGCUACAAGCACAAAAUAAAACAAAAAAACAGUCAUCUCUUCUGAUGUUUGCCAAGAAAGUGGUAUAACCAAAAAAGCUGCACUUUUCGGACCAUAUCCUUGUAUGUUUUAUAUAAAGGAUUCUUUUAGUAUGGCUAUACUGAAUAUAAAAUGAAUUAAUACAACCAAAUUUUUGUGGCUGAAGUAUUAAUAAG